CUCCUGUCUGGAAAACUACUUUACAAUUCUGUUUUUGAUCUAAACCAUCCUAAAAAUAAAAAAAUAAAAAAAAAGAGAGAAAAAAAAAUUAAAUGAAAAAGAAAAAGAAAGAAUCUUUAAAACAACAUGUUCUAUUGGCUCAGUGAACCUUCAACCGCAUAAGAACUUUCAAUUCCUAAUCAGGGGUCCUUGGAGUAUUCAAUCAUUGAAAGCAACCCAUACCCACUUACUUUUUUUUUUUUUCAUUUGGAGGUUUUCAAAAUUUUCCUCAAAGUUCUUGAAAAUCUGUGCUUAGUUUCCGACUUGUUGCUUUAUCUCUUGCUAAAAUCCUGCCGGGUUUUUGGUGUUAUAUAUAUAUAUAUAUAUAUAUUAUUAUACUUAAAACGAUGCAAGUGUAGCUUUAUAUCUGCUAUUUUUAAUUUUCACUUUUUGAUUACUGGGUAUUGUUAUAGAGAUUUUUACUCAUCUUAACUGGCAUGGUAGUGGGUUCUUGAACUUUUAAAGUCCACAAAUUUAUUAGUGUGUUUUGAGAUUCUAUUUGCAUUUGCUUCAAAAAGGUGAACUGUUUUGCCUUGCGGUUGCCUGAGAAAUGUUCAUUUCCAUCGAAAAUGAACAGAUCUCGUUGUCUUCAGCUAAUCUAAAAGUGUCCUUGAAUACAUCGCCAAUGGAAUCAAACCCAGAUUCCCUUGAUGGUCUUCCACCAGUUUCCGAUUUGCUUGACUCCCCUCCUCUUCCCACCAUUUAUACCGAUGUCAAUGUUGUUCCCGAGCAGGAAAAGAAUGAGCUCCAGCAGUCCAUAUCAAGUCUGGAAGGGGAAAUUGCUCAGUUGAGGCUGAAGGAAAAGCUGUGGAAUGACAAAAGGAGAGAAGCAUUGAAUAAGAUAUUAGACAUCAAAGGCAGCAUUCGAGUAUUUUGUCGAGUUCGGCCAUUUUUAUUGAUGGACAGGAUAAGAACUCGACAACCUAUUUCCACCGGAUCGGAGAAGAUUGUAGUCAGGUCAGGUGGAACCAGAAAAGAAUUUGAAAUGGACAAGGUUUUUCCUCAAGAAGUAAGCCAAGAGGAUGUUUUUGUUGAGGUGGAACCAAUUCUGAGAUCUGCACUUGAUGGGCAUAAUGUGUGUGUUUUUGCUUAUGGUCAAACUGGCACCGGCAAGACAUUUACAAUGGAUGGGACAAAUGAGCAGCCUGGGAUUGCUCCUCGAGCUCUUAAAGAGCUCUUUCAUCAAGCCUCUUUGGAGGGCACAUCUUCUUUAACGUUUUCAAUGAGCAUGUUGGAGGUUUACAUGGGCAGUCUCAGAGAUCUACUGGCUCCAAGACCAACCUCUAGAGCAUAUACUGUGACAAGAUGCAAUCUUAACAUUCAAACAGAUCCAAAGGGAUUGGUGGAAAUUGAAGGUCUUACGGAAGUGCAAAUCCCAGAUUAUGCUAAAGCAAGAUGGUGGUAUAAUAGGGGGAGGCGAGCGAGAUCUACUUCAUGGACUAAUGUGAAUGAGGCAUCCAGCAGGUCUCACUGCUUAACAAGGAUCACCAUUUUCCGACGUGGGGAUGAUUCCGAAGCUAAACCAGAAGUAAGCAAACUGUGGAUGGUUGAUCUUGGAGGAAGUGAACGAUUGUUGAAAACAGGAGCUAGUGGACUAACACUUGAUGAGGGAAGGGCCAUAAAUCUCUCCCUUUCAGCAUUGGGUGAUGUAGUUGCUGCUUUAAGAAGGAAGCGGGGUCAUGUUCCUUACAGGAAUAGUAAGCUAACUCAAAUUCUCAAAGAUUCAUUAGGUGAUUCUUCAAAGGUGUUGAUGCUUGUGCAUGUCAGCCCAUUUGAAGAAGAUGUAGGUGAGACAAUUUGUUCUUUGUGCUUCGCAAAGAGAGCAAGAGCAGUAGAGUCCAAUAGAGAACUGCCGGAGGAUGUGAAGAAGCAAAAAGAGAAAAGGGUUAAGGAGCUUGAAGAUGACAUGAGAGAAGCCGAACAAGAAUGCCAAAAAGUCAAGUAUCAAAUAGAGAAGGCUGAAUUCUUGUUAACCAAAAACAAAAAACUUUACUCAACCACUUGUGACAUUCUUGAAGAUGAGGUAAACAGCCACUCAAGUCCCAGAGAAGAUCUAAAUGAAGUAAUAGGAACCCCCAAAACAAUUGACAAAGCAACUAGAAAAAGUAUUUCUGGUUCUCUGCCUCGGUUCAUGACUUCAACUGUAGCCAGCCGCCAAAGGCAAAGCGCUGCAGAAAAAGAAAUUGUUGGAAGAACAAAAAGUUGGCGAUUAGGGACCAGAAGUUCUAUCCAACUCACAGCUUCCAACUCAAUCAGUUACUUGGAUCGCCGUUUCAAACCAAGUCUACUAAAUCCAAACAGGAAAAAACAAAUGACAGAAACAGAUAACACAGAUAGUCCCAAAUGCAAUGGUUCAGAUUCCAAGGCAACUGUUUUGUCAAGAAGCAAACUGGCUACGGAAACAGAUAACACAGAGAGUCCCAAAUACAAUGGUUCAGAUUCCAAGACAACCCUGUUGUCAAGAAGCAAACUGGUUACUUCAUCUGAUCCAAACUUUAGACCACUUAAUCGUCACAGAAGAAGGAUGUCUGAUCUGAUUUAGUUGUGAAGAAAAAGCUUUAGAAAUUUGAAGCUAAUCUUUUGUGGUAUUGUAAAAUUUGUGAGUAUUUUGGUUCUGGGGUUAUAUAUUGAUCUGAAAAUUUUAACUUGUUAUAAAGUCAUCAUAUUCAUACAUAAAGAUUAUAGUAGUGUGAAUUAGACUGGUUGCUUGGUGGGGUGUAUUAAUUAUUGUUUUGCAUGAUUUUCUUGAAAUUGCUGGCUUGCUUAGGCCUUGCUGUGACUGUGAGUGACUGUAAUUAAUUGUUUAACUCAUUUUUGUAGCCCAUAUGUGGCUGAUAACUCUGUUUAAAGUAUUUUAUCAUCAUGUAAUGAAAAAUAACUUCAAGUUUCUGAC